AUGUUACAACAAAACGGGGAUGUUUUGUAUGGCCAGUUUAAUGGUGUUACCGCAACGAAAAAUGAUUACACCUUGGUUAGAUCGAUAUCAAGGAGCUUAUCGGUUCGCGAUGAAGAAAUGCUGCGUCUUAUAGGCCAGUAUCUGUGUGACAAGGGAUUUAAUGGCACGUAUACACAGCUAUCGAAAGAGUCUGGAAUAGCCUUGGAGCACAAAGAUGCAACGGAGCUGCGCCACGCAAUAUUAGAAGGUCGGUGGUGUGAUGCUGAAGCUGCUAUAGACAAGCUUGCACCUUUGAUAGGAGACGUGAAUAGCAUUGAAGAAGUUCGGUUUCUGAUAUUGGAACAACAAUUCCUAGAGCACUUGGAAGCUAAUGAAGUGAUGCCUGCUGUUACUCUUUUGCGCAAUCGUAUUACACCAAUGCAGCGAAAUACAGAACGAGUACAUACACUGGCUAGUUGCCUGAUGUGCCGAACUGCUGUUGAACUACAAGCACAAGCAGGUGGUUGGGCUGGAGUAGAUGCUGGCAGUCGUCUACAGUUAAUCAAUCGAAUACAAGCUUUUAUACCAGCACAGACAAUGUUGCCACCGGGGAGACUAGAAGAGUUAAUCAAUGAAUCUGUUCGCGCUCAGUUGGCUUCAUGCAUAUUUCAUAAUCCUCCAAUGGGUGUUCAAACAGAUAUACAUAAUAUAUCAUUAUUACAACGUCAUUCUUGUGGCAUGCAAGAUUUCCCCGCCUUCUGUAUUCAAACCUUGGAUCAUCAAAGGGACUCUGAUUUGUGGUUUUGUCAGUUUUCCCCAGACGGUAACUAUCUAGCAACUGGUGGUAAAGAGGCGAACGUUGAUGUUUGGCGUGUGGAUCUUUUACGACAUGCAGUAUCAUUUUUUCGAGUGUUAACUACUCCAGCGUAUAUAGGCUGUUUAUGUUGGUCACCGGAUUCUAAAAAACUGGCAGCAUGUUGUGGAGAAGAACAAAGUUCUGUGCUUGUAUUCGACGUAUUCAGCGGUCAAAAGUUGUGCAGUCAAAAGGUUAAUGAUGAAGAUGUGUAUUCAACUGCAUCCUUUUUUGCUGAUAGUCGUAAACUAGCUUUUGGUGGUCUUAAAGGCAGCUUCUAUGUGAUGGAUACAGAAGAUCAGGGUCGUGUACUCACCAUAGUUGAAGGUUAUCGCGUGCAAAGUAUGGCCGCAAUACUCCCACCAAUACCAAGUAUGCUUCUUCCCAAUGGUACAGAAUCUGUACAAGUUAAUCCUCCAGAUCGAUCUACACCUGGUGCUCCAGAUUCACCACUAAAUGGAUUACAACAGAAUGGCUCAUCUAAUGAUGCAGUAAAUAAUCGUUCUGAAAAUCAGAUUGACCAGUUACUAAUUGCAGAUAGCCUUCAUAGAAUUCGAUUAUUCAGAUUUGGUCCAGUAGGUCCGAAUGCAUCUACAUCAAAUGCUGCUACUGAUACCGUCGACAUACCAUUAAGUACAGUUACUUCACCGAAUGAAACUAGCACCACAUCUAUAUCAACUGGGACUAUUUCCACUUUGUCCGGUUCAUUGUAUACCCAAACACCUAGUGAAGAAAACACAUCAAGUGCAACCAUAGCAACAACGACUACAUCUGCUCUUGCGGCUUAUCUCAGUUCAGGUGGUGGUGCACCAGGUGCUCCAGCUUCAGUCAGUGACGGUAGAACUGGUGAUUGUGACAGUAGUGAUAAUAAUACAACCACGAGCAGUAGUGCAGACAAUCCUGGUGUAGCCACAGCAUUAGCUGUUGCUCGGUUAGCUCAACAACAACAACAACGUUUACUACAGUCAUCAAAUCCUAUGACAACUGCAAGUCCAGCAUCAUCAUUAACUGGUAACUUAUCUGCGUGGUACCAACAACCAGGUACAUAUCCGGGAUCAACUAGUAUUGCGUAUACAUCUGGAACAUCUACACUACCACCUGGCAUUCUACUAGAUAUGCCUAUUUUACCGGUUAGUUUGACUCGUCUUGGACCACCUUCAACUCAGGGUUUACAAGCUCAGUUGGGUUUGCAGCCUAUCUUACACCCAGCUGGUUCUUUGCAUGGUACAAAUCCGUAUACCGUUGUGUCAUCAGCUGGUGCAACGAACCUAUGCACUACUGGUAGUAGUGUAACCAUUCUGUUUGGUGCUCCCUUAGAUAGAACGUCAGCUUCCUAUACAGCGACUCCAGUCGGAGUUUCUGGUUCAACUACGACCACUCCUACGGGUGUCCGAGCCCUUGCCGCUGCAGCUGCUGCUUUAGCCAGUGUAAACAGUCGUCAAGUUCAUUCUGUUUCCAGUGGUACAACAAUGUUGACUGUUUCUACGUCUCAAGACAGCAAUGUAGCUACAGGUCGUUCAUCCGUUUCUACUACUAGCGUUGCUUCUAAUGUAAGCACGUCUACUUCCACUUCCGGUGUUACUAUGGGAUCUGCAUCUAAUUUAACUACAGUCUCAGCUUCCACACCGGCAACUGGAUUCUCUACAUCAACUACAAGUACGACAACAAGUGCAAGUAAUGGUGGCGUGACUACAAAUGGAAGUAAUUAUGGUUUACUAGACCAUAGAACUCUGUUCAAAGAAACUCACCCUGUUCAAUCAAUUAUGAUAUCACGCUCAGGAACUACAGCACUUCUCACAAUACAUAAAAUGGGACUACAUUUGUGGGAUCUGGAGGCGUAUACUUUUCGAUUAUAUUCGACAUUUGGAGGAGCUAAUGAAGAUUUUGUAGCUACAGGGAGUGAGAACGGUCGUAUACAUAUCUGGCAUGUUGGUAGUGGUAGUCAUCCUAUCCAUUCAUCUCCAGGCACAGGCAAUAGAGAUCCCAUUACAUGUGUUCACUGGAAUCCAGUAUUACCUACAAUGAUUGCUUCAGUAAAUGAUUCUGGUGAAUUAUGUAUUUGGGGACCACAGCGUUAUGUACUAGGUAAUGGUCAACCAAUGGAUUCAUCAACUUGA